AAAUAAACUGUCAACUGAUAGUGCAAUCAAUACUACAGCCUGUCAUACCUGCGCGGUGCAAAUUAGAAAAAUAAAUCAAUAAUCUUUUCAACUGAAUGUACUGUGUUUGUCUUCAAAGAAAUUUGAAUUUCACAAAGGUUCAGUAUUACAUCAAUUGAAUCCUUAUGCGUUUGUGAAAAAGUUUAAACUAGGUUUCAAAAUGGAAGUGCAGUUCGGGCCCAAUCCGGUAGAUGAAAAGAACUUGGUAUUUAAAUUUCAACGAAAAAUUAAAGUUUUCAACACUGAAGAUCCAUUACCCAAUAGAGGCUACAAUCUAGUGGCUAGCAGCUCAAAGUAUGGGAUCGUUUUUGUAGCAUCCCCUGAUGGUUAUUUGUCGGCCUAUAGUCUUAGUGAGCUUAUUGAUAAGUCCAAAGAUGGCUUACAUCUCACUGUCAAACUCCAAGAGAAACCAACACACAUUGCCGUGAGCUGUGACAAUGAGCUUUUGGCUGUUACGGGAGGCCAGCUCUUGUGUAUUUACAAGGUCACCGACUUCCAGAACCAGAAUGUUUCACCAUCUCUGUCGCUCAGAUGUGAUGUCAGCCCCUCUACAUUUGUGUCGGCUAUGCAAUGGAACCCAUGCAUCCCUGAUUCUCUAGUGAUUGUGUUUUUCGAUGGCACAUUACUGGCUUGCCAGGCUAGCACUUCUCAAGUUAAGAAAGUGCAGUCUAAGGGGAGAUGUCUUUGCUGGAGCCCCAAAGGCAAGCAAUUUGUAACGGGCAACAGCGACGGAACCCUCACUCAAUAUAAGCCAGAUCUGACAGCCGCUAAGUCUGUGCCUGCCCCUAAGCUCUUUGAGGGCGCUCCACUAGAGGCCUUGGCUAUAUACUGGAUCUCAACUUUCCAGUUUGCUGUGGUCUAUAAGAAUGCUACUGAUAACAGUCGACCUGCUGUAACCAUAGUAAACACCCCAAAAGCGGGUCAAGCAACGUGCUUGAAUUAUGAAGAUGUUUGCUAUAGCACAGGGUCAAACAGGCCCUGGUAUUACUAUUUAUUGGGUCUUGCUCCUUGGAACUUAAUAUUGGCUUCGUCAUCGAAUGGAAUGGAAAUUGCAACAGUAGCGUCAGCUGACGGCACUAGCUGGGUGCAGUGGUCUUUGGUAAAUCAACUUUUGCCGUUAUUCCACAAGGGUUUGAUAAUAAGUUGUAGAAGUUGUUAUUAUAACACUGCCAAAGUAUAA